AUGAUCAAUAAGGUGGUUCUAGCUAAGUACCUCGGAUCGUUUUUUAUCUUUUUAUCAGCAAUUGCAGGCUUGUCAUUCCCAUUGUUCUUUAGAAAGGCAACUUGGCAAAUCAGAGGUGAGUGUUUAGCAGGCGGAAUUUUUCUUGGAGCUGGAAUCGUUCACUUACUUGAUGAUGCAUUCUUAAAUCUUCAAAAUAUCAAGCUUAAUUAUCCAUUAGCGCCAGCUGUUUGCUUAGCUACCUUCGUUAUUUUUACUUUGAUUUCUUUCCUCACAGUAUCCGAAGAAAAACCUGCUGAAAUCGCAACAGACUCACAAGAUGAAAACAUGAUCACACUCAUGGAUGGUACACCUAAUAUGUUAAGUGAUGCUCAAUCUAUAACACCAACACUAUUCGGAACGAAAUAUCUCUCGAUUCAAAAAUGGUCGUUGUAUAUAAUUUUAUGCAUCCAUUCGUUCAUUGAAGGCUUUGGCCUUGGAAUUUUACUCAAAUUCACAAAAGUUGUUGGUUUAUAUGUAGCUAUGAUUGGCUUCAAACCAAUUGAAGCUUUUGCUUUAGGUCUGUUUAUGAUAGAGGAUAGACCAAAAAAGUCUUUGUACUGGAUAUUAAGUGUAAUUUAUUCAAUAUUAACUCCUAUCUUUUCUAUCGUUGGAAUAUAUAUAGAUAAGUUAGCAGGACAUGAUACUAUUGGUAUUAUUUCUGCUUUUUCCGCAGGAUCUUUCCUUUAUGUCGGUUCCUAUGAAUGGAAAAACCUUUUAUACAAGAAGAAGGAUUUCAGCAGAAAGGAGAGAGCAUGGAAUUACUUCAUGUUCCUUGGUGGAGUAGUAUGGAUGCUCUUCAUCGCAGAAAUUGAAACAAUAUACGAAUAA